AUGCCACUUUCAAUCCGUCUUGUCCCCCAACCCAUCGAACUCCGAAGCAUGGCUCACGCGAUGGCAGAAGCCACCCGGAUCGAAGAAGCUGAAGCUGAAGCUGCGAGAAGUAAUAACAACAGACAAGGGAUGUCUCCUGGUGACGAUGAUGACGAGGAUGACGAUGAGGAUGACGAUACUACGGAAUUCAACGACACUCACGUUUACAGCGUCCAAGAAUUGAUCCCCAAUCUACAUAGAGAGGAGAGCAUUACACCAGUCAGUCGCUUCGAUUCAAAUUCGAGCUCGGAAAGACACAUUGAAGAAGUUGAAAAUGUUGAUGUUGGUGUUGGUGCUGAAAAUUCCGGUAGUGGACAUACUUCCCUGAAGGCAAAGACGCGGGGUUGGAAAAAUAGGGUCUCUGGGUUGAGGAUGCGGUGUAGAAUUCGGAUGAAGAAAAUGGUGAGGUCGAUGAAGUCGGGGAGGACUGUGGUGGGUAUUGUUGAAUGGUGGAAACGGCGGCGAUGA